AUGUCUUCGAGAUCGUUGAGGAGAAGACUCCAUCAUGGGGAUCUCGAUGGCAAAAGGCAGGAGCAUUUUGAUUCUUCGGGAUUAGAUUCUUUGAGUGAGCCCCUGCUGGCAGAUGAUGAUUAUACUGAGACUAAGAAGAUAUGUACUCUUGAAGAUCUAUGGGAUGAUGAGAGGAAGAAGGCACAGUUUCAUUGGACAUUCAUUUUCUCAAACCUCAUUGCGCAAUGGGCUCAGUGGUUAGCAAAUGUUGUAAUAGGAUCUGGAUGUAUUAUUGGGCGUAUUUUUUCUUUUUCUUCUGCCACACUAAGUAUGCAAAACAAAAGGACGCUUCCUCCAUCUCUAAGCCCUCUGCAGGAAGAAAGACUGAGAAAACUGCGGCAACGGCUUGAAGUCCCGUUUGACGGUUCUAAAGCAGAGCACCAAGAUGCACUUAAAAAAUUGUGGAAUUUGGCUUACCCUGACAGGGAGCUUCCUUCACUUAAAUCAGACCUUUGGAAGGAAAUGGGAUGGCAAGGUUCAGACCCUUCAACAGAUUUUAGGGGUGGAGGAUUUAUUUCAUUAGAGAAUCUCAUCUUCUUUGCAAUGAAGUAUCCAGAUUCAUUCCAGCGAUUAUUGCAUAAACAAGAUGGAACCAGAGCAGAGUGGGAAUAUCCGUUUGCAGUAGCUGGAAUCAACAUUUCUUUUAUGUUGGCACAGAUGCUGAAUCUUCAAGCAGGGCUUCCAUCUUCUAUGUCCGGUAUCUGUUUUCUCAAAUUGCUUGAAGAGGAUGAAAUGGCAUUUGAUAUCCUUUUUUGUGUUGCUUUUCAAAUGAUGGAUGCUCAGUGGCUAGCAAAGCGUGCGACAUAUAUGGAAUUUAAUGAGGUUUUGAAGUCCACAAAAGCACAGUUAGAGCGUGAGCUUGCUCUCGAAGACUUAUCCAGCGUGAAAGAUUUACCUGCUUAUAGCAUGUUGAGAUGA